AUGGGGAAAGCGGCCUGGUUUGUGAGGUCACGCCCGUCGGCCGACGCCGGCUUCCUCGUUAAAGCACUCUUCCUUCUCCUCUUAUGUAGACAUGUGGACUCCCACUGCAAGAUCUUGCGCUGCAAUUCCGAGUACGUGGCCUCCACGCUCAACUUGCGUGGCCCCAACAAGAGCUCCGCCUACUGCAACGCUUUGCGCUCCUACUCCCGCUGCACCCGCCGGACGGCCCGCACCUGCCGCGGGGACCUCGCCUACCACUCCGCCGUCCACGGUAUCGAGGAUCUCAUGAUCCAGAACAAGUGCUCCAAGGAAGGGCCCGUUUCACCCCCGUGGCCCCCCCAGGCGCCGGCCCCCAGCCCCCAAGCCUUCGAAUCCCUGGACUUCUGUGAUUAUGAGAAGCGGUUUGCCACCAAACACGGCCGGGGGCCCCUGUACCAGCACUGUGCCGCCUUUGGGGACCCCCACGUGCGGACCUUCGACGACCAGUUCCACACCUGCCGAGUGGAGGGCUCCUGGCCCCUCCUGGACAACAACUACUUGUUUGCACAGGCGACCAGCUACCCCGUGGCCAAAGGGUCAAACGCCACGGCCACCAGCAAGCUGACCAUCAUCUUUAAGAACAUGAAGGAGUGCAUCGAUCAGAAGGUGUACCAGGCAGAAAUCGACAACUUGCCGGCCGCUUUUGAGGACGGUUCUGUGAACGGUGGAAGGAGGCCGGGAGGGAACAGCCUGACCAUCCAUGAGCGCAUCCCAGGGCGGCACGUGGAGAUCCGCGCCGCGUACAUCGGCACCACCAUCGCCGUGCGCCAGGCGGGGAAGCAGCUCUCCUUCUCCAUCCGGGCCGCCGAGGAGGUGGCGCGCUCCUUCACGGAGGAGCAGGACUUGCAGCUGUGUGUGGGAGGUUGCCCGCCCAGCCAGCGCCUCUCCCGGAGCGAGGGGUGCUGCGGCGGCAGCGCCAUCCCUGCGGAGAAGGCCCACCUGCUCUGCAAGGAGAAGCUGCCGGUGGAGGAUGUCUACUUCCAGUCAUGCGUCUUUGACGUCGUGACGUCUGGCGACACCAAUUUCACUUGGGCCGCACAGGGUGCGCUGGAGGAUGCCAGAGAGUUCCACCCAGAUGCCAGGAAACUUCACCUCUUCCAAAACCAUGCGGCAUGUGCCCCCAGCUGCAGCUCGUACUUCCUCCUGUUCCUCCUCAUCACAUCCAUCAUUUCAGUUCUUCCUCUGCACUUUUAA